AUGUCCUCUACUAUCAGCAACCCCAUUCUGCUUGUCACGUUCACCGGUAUUCUCACUUUCACCUACUUCGCCGUACGCAGAUUGUUCGGUCAUGAUUCUCGUGAGCCUCCCCUGGCCCGGCAGUCGAUUCCCAUCGUCGGCCACAUGAUUGGGCCAUCACGGAGCAAGUUCAACUAUUAUGUCGAGCUCAGCCAGCAAACGGCUUCCCCCAUCUUUACGAUGGCCCUUCCGGGGCAGAAGAUGUACGUGAUAACGCAGCCGGACCUCAUCCAGACAGUGCAGAAGCAACACAGGGUCCUCGCAUUCCCACCUAUCGCAGCCAAAUUCGCGUCCAAGGUCUAUGGAGCCAGUCUCGAGGCCCAGGCAAUCCUGGCCAAGAAUGUCAAUGGCGAUGAGGGAGAUUUCGGUCUGUCGAUGGACUCUUACGCCGCAAUGAGGGCCGCCCUCAAGCCCGGUUUGGAGCUGGACGACAUGAACCGCGUGAUGAUCAAAGAGAUUGCAAAAUCGCUCGAUCAGCUACAGCCGGGUAAAGGGGGGUCCCGCAAGGUUGGCAUGUACGCCUGGCUGAGGGAUGCCAUAACAACGGCUACGACCAGGUCCGUAUACGGACCGAUGAAUCCAUACGACGAUAAGGCUAUUGCCGAUGCAUUCUGGGAAUUCGAAAGCGGCCUCAUGUCGAUACUGGUGGGUUUCCUUCCUGGCAUCACCGCUCGGAAGGCCGUUGCGGCUCGAGCCAAGGUUGCGAAUGCUUUCGAAACAUAUCAUCGAGCCGGGGAGUAA